AUAUUAUUCUGCUGAACACAAACACGCCGCACACAAGGGAAGGAAGGACGUGAUGGAGCCCUUCUUUGACUUUGUGCCGGUGGACGUAAAGGAGGAGCCGGUAGACAACCAAGUGUCAUCAUUCACCACACAGCAGCCGCCCUCACUGGUGGAUAGCGUGAGCGAUCACUCCGAAGAUGUUCUCUCCCAGUGUGACGAGACUGCUGUCAAGAAGGAGAAGGAGGAGGAGGAGGAGGAGGAUGUGUGCGUGAAGGAUGAGCCCAUUGAAGACUUGGACCCAGCCACUAACUGUACCUUUGUCCCUACGCUGAAGCCCAAGCUACGUAACAUCAGAGCCAAGAAGUUUGGUACUGGUGGUGUACUGUCUCCUCCCUUGGUGCUGGCAGUACUGGUGCCGCCCAUGGCUGUGCAGCGGGAGCCACCACCCCUGGGCAGCAUGGACCCUGGCUUGGGUUUACUGGACGUCAGUGAAGUCGGCCCGGCAUUGAAAUAUGACUUUGCUGACGAUGGGUUUAAAAAUAUAGUCGUACAAAAUGACGCAAAUACGGUACAACUACGAACAAAUGCAGCUACGGAGGAGAGAGCUAUGCAGUGGCUACAAGUCUAUAUGAAGAGGUUUAGGACUGCACUGAAUCGUGUACUCAAGAGACAUGUUGGCAAGAAGUUACUGUUCUGCUGCUAUUACAGAUGCCAACACGGGAUCAAGAAAAGCCAAGGGAAGAAGAAAACUUAUACUGGGUGUAGUUUCAGGCUGGCUAUCAAGAUAAAAGUCAUCACCAAGUACAAUAUGAGGCAUGACAAGUAUGUCCAGGAGUACCCGUGCAUUGUGAUCAUUCACGGCGAACACAAUCACAGCACUGACUCGGCAAGCGCCUAUGGCCAACUCAAGGUACUCAGAGAAACAAAAGAGGACUUCAUGAUGUAUUUUGAUGCCGGCAUGACCAUUCCCCAGGCAAAGCGAUUUCACGAGGAGAAGAUGCUGCUGAAUAACUCUGAAAUGGCCGACAGUAGCACCAAUCCCAGCUCCCGUGCCGUCUCCUACCUUAGACAACUCUGGCUGGCAAAGAAUGAGGGCAGGCUGGGAGGACCUCCUGAUAUGUUUUCUGUCAUAAAGAGGUAUGCAGAUGACCACCCUGCUUCCAGGAUUGCUUGGGAUACUCAAGCCAGCGUUGUGGUGCUGGUGACAGAAUUUAUGUUACGUGUCCACAAAGAGAUUACAGAAGCUGGCGACAUUGUCUUUGUGGAUACGAGCAGCCAUGUGGACCAGCCCGGCUCAGCCCUGACUGCUCUGCUUUGUGCCAGCCCCGCCGGAGCCGUGCCUCUUGGACUGGUCUUCUCCUCGUCACAUGAUGAAGUGGCCUUCACAAAAGGCUUUGGUCUACUCCGAGAUGUGCUGGGAGAGGCUGCCUUCCACGGCAAGAGUCAUCCAGACUGCUUCAUCACAGACAGCUGCCAGGAAGAGAAGAAGGCUCUCCGUGCUGUGUGGCCGCAUGCUAAACAGUACCUGUGUGUUUUCAAUCUGCUGCGGCAGUUGUGGCGGUGGUUCAGCACCACCCGCUGUGUCAAGAAGAAGGAUCGCCCCAGGAUGAUGAGGGUGGCCCAGGGGCUGGUGUGUGCCAGAACAGAUUCAGAGUUCAUGGAGGUGUGGGAAGGGUACCUGUCUGGGGCACAUGCACAGAAGUACCAGGCUUAUACCAGAUAUCUGUCCAAAAUGGUGGAGCAGAAACAAUCUUGGAGCCUUCAUGAACGCAAUGGGAACCUGCUUCACAAUGCUAACAACUUUGAAUCCACUAUGUGCAUCAUAAAAGACAUUGUCCUCAACAGAUGUAAAGGCAUCCCGUGCUAUCUCCUCAUGUACAUGAAUGAGGUGUUCGACAGCUACAUGCAAGGGCGGCUUCUGGAUGUGGCCCAGCUGGGGAGGACGCUUGACCAAGCUCUGCCACGGUCACCCAGCGAUGCUUUCUCCAUCCAGCGAGAUGGAGAACGGUACCUCGUGUCCAGCACAGCCCACGACGGCGUUGCCUAUGCCGUUGAUCCUAACAUAGGAUUUUGUGAAUGCAAGCAAGGACGGACCGGCAAUGUAUGCAGACAUCAAGUGGUUUGUGCGGAGAGAGGUCUCAAGCUCUCUGAAGCUUUCGUGGAUUCACCCGAGUGCUGUCGAUGGCUCACAACCAUAGCAGUGGGGGAGAAGGCAGCAAAACGACAAAAAACACACUAAACAGAUUAAGUCCAAACAUGAAUUUAGUGUAUUUUCUCUACCUGCAGUAAACAUGUUUAGGAAACUCUUUUGUUUUCAGAGAGAGAGAGAGAGAGAGAGAGAGAGAGAGAGAGAGAUAUUGCAAAGAAUUUUUUUUUUGUCCUUAUAUGUAUAUAAUGUAUUUUUUCUACUUGAAGUAAAAA